GUUCCUGAUUUUAUUCCUUUUCAAAUUCCGGUUUGAGGAGAUCUGGCUGCGAACUCCGGACUUUCUCACCAGGCUCCCCAACGGGUUUCAUAUUCACGGCCAAUAUGGCAACGUACAAGUGCUUUGAAAAAAGGACAGAAAGAGGAUCAGUUUCAUUUAUACUAAAGGUCCUAUAGGUGCUGUGGUAGCGAUCUGUAACUCGUCAAUCAAAUAGCCUGUGAAUUACUGACAAUAAUCAUGCGUUCUCAUUUAGUAAGAAGUUCGUUUACGCGUUCUUCUGUGCGGAGGACGUUUGCAAAACUGUUUUGCUCUGGUUCAAGAAAUAUUGGUGAAAAUAGUUUCUUUGACGAAGCUGAAGUACGGCAGAAAUUUAAAGUCUUAGGGAGUGGAGAUGUAACACUUAUUAAGCUAACAGGCGAGCAGGAAGGAACGGCAGUGAUUUCUCUCUUAAAUCCUGAACGCAAAAAUGCAUUGACUGGUUACAUGAUGGUCAGACUUGCUGAAGCAGUUGACGAGCUUGAACAAUGGGAACAUGGAACAGCUUUGAUUUUACAUGGCUCUGAAGGCUCGUUUUGCUCAGGUGCUGAUUUAAGUAUAGUUAAGACGAUCAAUACCCCUAGAGAAGGAAACUUAAUGUGUGCUUUUAUGCAAAGAACUCUGAGUCGCCUGGAAAGUCUCCCUCUCAUUAGUGUGGCUGCUGUUGAAGGAAGGGCACUUGGUGGAGGCGCUGAACUUACAACAGCCUGUGACUUCAGACUCAUGUCUAAGGAUGCAGAGAUACGAUUUGUUCAAGUGAAGAUGGGUUUGACACCAGGGUGGGGUGGUGGAGCAAGGCUUGUCAAACUUUUGGGUAAACAGAAAGCUCUGCAACUACUAGGGAAAGGAGAAAAAGUGGAUCUGUCCUAUGGUCAUCAACUGGGGCUGGUGGAUGGCGAGCUACCACUUGGUCAGGAUGUGGUAACCAGUUGCUGUGACUGGUUAUCAGAAUUCCUAAAGGCAGACACCUCAGUUGUCAGAGCCAUCAAGGACGUCGUGUCAGCAGGACAUGACUCAACGCUAAAAGAUGCAUUGGACAUUGAAAGGUCAAUUUUUACAACAUUAUGGGGAGGAGAAGCAAACAAGCAAGCUUUGGAAAAUGCCAAGAAACAUAGAUAGCACUCUUGUGUAAACUCAAAGUAGCUUGAUUUCAUUCAAAGAGGUUUUCUCAAAUUCACAAUUUUCACUGCAAUCCCACAUUUUUAUGCCUAAGAAAGUACAACACACAACAGAGAUCUUCCUGUAGUGCACAAGUUUGUGAAGUUCAUUAUGGUUAAAAAAGAUGUAGCUAGGUACAUGUAGUAUGUUCAUGUGUGGCCUGUUUGUGUAGCAUGAAGUGUCAAGAUACAAGUAUUUGUACUCCCCCAAGAAUGGGGUAGUAGUCCAUGACUGGGCUACCACCAUUAUAUUUCCUGGUACCUGUUGAUGCACCUGGGUGGAGAAAGGUGCCGUGAAAGUUCAGUGUCUUGCCCAAGAACACAAUGCAAUGACUGGCAAGGGUUCAUAUGCAGAUCACUCAGUCCAGUGUCCAGUGCACUAUUAAAACUAGCCAAUUUGCAGCAUCCACAUACAUGUAAGAAUGAGACAUUACUAGUUGUAAAUCAUAUAAAAUUAGUCAUUUUAAAAAAAUUAUUUGUAAGAAUUUUGUGACUAAAUAAAACAAAAUAAUUACUUUA